UGACUGUUCUAUUAUUAUAUAUAUAUGUUAUUUAUGAUAUUGGCCGUGUUUCAAAAUCUAUAGUUCACGUAACAUAUUGUAGAUUUCUAGUACUGGCAGUGAAUUUUGGAAAAGGACCACUGUCAUCACGAUCCUGACACUCGAUACGCGAUACUCCUGACACAAAUAUGGAUCGCUUUUCAUGUGUUGUUUAUUUGUCAAUCAUUAUCACUUAUCGUACAUAUUUUUUCUGAUUUCUUCGAGCAGAUAAAUGUCCUAAUUCGAUAAACAAUCAUGUCAUUGGAUCAGACAGUGUGUGAAGACCUGAAAGCUUUCGAAAGACGACUCACCGAAGUUAUUGCUAGUCUACAACCAGCCACCACGCGAUGGAGAAUGCUACUGGGUUUAAUCUCCAUCUGCACCGCUAUUGGUGCCUGGCAUUGGCUGACAGAUCCCAAUACAUCAGCAGUAUCUUUUACGCAGAGUUUAUGCAAUCAUCCAUUCUUUACAAUGGCUAGUAUAAUAUUAGUGAUAUUAUUUAUGAUGGGAGUGCAUAGAAGAGUGAUAGCACCCAGUAUUAUAACUCAGCGAGCCAGAAGCGUGCUUAGCGAUUUUAAUAUGAGUUGUGACGAUACUGGAAAGUUGAUUUUGAAGCCCACUAGAUCUCCGCAUCCUCAUGAGACUUAAGAAAUGUUUAUACCUAUAAAUAAAAAUAUGUAAAUGUUAAUAUAGAAUAUACGUAUGUAUAUACAUAAUAAUUUUUUUUUACUAUAAGAUAUUCUAACAUCAUGAUAAAAGUUUGGAUUUGUGUAUUUUAAGACUUACUAGAAUUUUAUUGAAUUAUAUAUAAUAUAUAUAUAUAUAUAUAUAUAUAUAUAUAUAUAUAUAUAAAAUCUUUUAUAGUGCAUAUGAGUUUGUACACUUCAACAUAAUGUAUAAUAAAUAUAUAUAUGUGUUGGAACACUUCAUGGACGAUUUUGCAUGUCAUCCUUGCACAGGGGGACAUGCUACUCUUUUAUAUAUUGUUCCAAUUUUGAUAUAUGUAUUGUCAUAUAAUGAUCUCUAAGAUAUGUUAUUACAUUUAGGAAAAUAUAUAAUAAUUUAGAUCUAUUCAUGAAAAUAUAGAAAAAGAAAUACUAUAUACUAGUAUGUAUAUAAGUGUAUUUUAAAUAUAAAUAGUUUAAAUCAAUAAUUGUAUUACAGAUUUAUUAGAUUAAAACUAUAAUAUUGUAUCAUAAA